AUGGCCUGCUCAGCAUCAUCAAUGACGGUGGAAUCAUAUGCUGAGGCGGUCUCGUCCUCCACAGCAACCCCCGACGAGGACACCGCUCUCCUGCGAGACCGGCGACGCCGACACUCUUAUCAUGCCCCGAGGAAACUGUCCUGUGACUACCAGGAUGCGGACACUGUAUUUAUCAGAGUCGAACUCUUUCUGGCCGAACUCGAGCGCCGCAUGUUAUGGAUCGAACAAUACCGGAAAUCUCACAUGGGUCAGAUUGACUCCAGUCUUCGACGGGGAUAUGCUACCCUGGAGGCUGUGAGAGACCAAUGCUCGGUCGCAUCCGGCGAGCUUAUGGGCAGCGGCAAGAAGCGAGCCAAGAUCCUGGUGGAGACCCUGGAGGACCGAUACAACGAGGCCCUUGCGACCAAGGAGACUCUUGAACAGAAAGCGCAAGCUGGCGUGCGCUUGAUGGAGUCGUUCUUGUCCGAAUUGGAGUCUCGGGCACAUGCUAUCCAUGACCGCGGCAUCUACGGCACGAUAGAUGAUGGAUGGAAGGCCGUGGACUCCAAGCUCGUUCACGCCCGAGAAGUGGUGGACGAGGGAAUGGAACGUGCCCGCCGAGCCCGCGAUGCUCUCCGCGAGAACAUCGACGAGGCUAUUCGUCUGGCCCAGGAGAAGCGUUUGAUCACCUAUUCCGAUCUGCCGGACCCCUGGCGGGUAAACCCUCACAUUCUGAAAGGUUAUCGCUUUAGCACCUCCAAGGUGGAGUGCGUGUCCUCUGUCUUCUCAUUCUCGAACGAAUUCGUCAACAUUUGGUCCCAUAUCAUCGGCCUCAUCCUCGUUCUCUCUAUCGCUUUCUACUUCUACCCGCUCCACACCAACUUCCACCUGAGCUCCAAGGCUGACAUCAUGAUCGCUGCUGUUUUCUUUUUUGCUGCGUGCAAGUGUCUGGUCUGCAGCACCAUCUGGCACACCAUGAACAGCAUUGCCUCCCAGUCCCUGAUGGAGCGGUUUGCCUGUGUUGAUUACACGGGGAUUUCCUUGCUGGUCGCCGCGUCGAUCGUGUCGACCGAGUACACCGCGUUCUACUGCGAGCCCACCUCGCGUUGGACUUACAUACUUCUCACUAUGUUCCUUGGCAUUGGCGGCAUCAUCCUUCCUUGGCACCCGACGUUCAACCGUCACGAUAUGGCUUGGGCCCGUGUGGCUUUCUACGUCACCCUUGCACUUACUGGAUUCGCUCCUCUUGCGCAGCUCUCCUACACCCGUGGCUUCGAAUGGUGUAUCUACUUCUACGCUCCUGUGGUGAAGAGCAUUAUGGUUUACUUCGUCGGGGCCUGCGUCUAUGCCUCCAAGGUCCCCGAGCGUUGGAAGCCGGGUCUUUUUGAUUACUUCGGCGGCAGCCACAACAUCUGGCAUCUGGCCGUAUUGGGUGGCAUUCUGUUCCACUACUGCGCCAUGCAGGAUCUCUUUGCAGAUGCUUUCCAGCGUGCUCUGGGCGAAUGCCCCAACCUGACGUCGUGA